CAUAGACAUCCAGCGAUGCUCAUAGCUGUCCAAGGGUGCUGUCAUGGCUCUCUGUCAACUAUAUACGCCUCUAUAGCCAAAUUCGAAUCACAAUCUGAACAACACCGCCGCGUCCGUCUCCUGCUUCUCUGUGGAGACUUUCAAGCACUACGCUCAGAACAUGAUUAUGCCUCUUUGGCCGUUCCACCCAAAUACAGAGCUCUAGGCACGUUUCAUGAAUACUACAGUGGGAAGCAGGUCGCUCCUGUCCUUACAUUGGUCAUUGGUGGGAACCAUGAAGCCAGUAAUUACAUGCAGGAACUGUACCAUGGUGGUUGGCUCGCUCCGAAUAUCUAUUACCUCGGUGCGGCGGGGAGCGUGAUGGUCGAUGGAUUGCGGAUAGUAGGGUCUAGCGGGAUAUACAAGGCUCACAAUUAUGGCAAGGGACACUAUGAAAAGGUGCCGUAUAGGGAUUCACAACUGAGAAGCGUGUACCAUACCCGACACUACGACAUUGCAAAGCUGAUGCAGCUCUCUCCCCGCCCUCAUACCGUCUUCAUGUCGCACGAUUGGCCGACCGAGAUCCCAAAACACGGGAACACGGCCGAUCUCUUGCGCCGGAAACCAUUCUUCACAUCUGAAGUCAAUUCCAAUACACUGGGAUCGCCACCAUUACUCAACGUUCUUCGAUACCUCAAACCGAAUCAUUGGUUCGCAGCGCAUCUUCACGUCAAGUUUGCAGCUGUAUACGAGCACGAGGCCGGCGCCAGCUCGACGAAGGAGGUCCUGAAUUCAAGACCCACAUUGAAUCCUGAUGAAAUCGACUUGGACCUCGAUGAUGGUGUUCAAAGUCCUGUGGACAAUCCUGACGAGAUCACCAUCGAUGACGGGAAUGACGAUGUGCUGUCGGAGACAAAUCCUGCCACCGAGAACCCUGAUGAAAUUACCAUCGAGGAUGAGGAUGAGUCAGAUUUAGAGGAUCACAUGAAAGAGCAUGUGGCUCAUGAGCUUGCGCAAGGUCGUACAGGUGGAGAGAUCAACCCGGACGAAAUCAAUAUCGGGGACGAUGAAGAAUUCGAUGCUCCAGUCAUACCGAAUGGGGCACUUUCUGACCCGGUAUUGGAUGCACUCAAAGUGGACGAAAGUGCGGAUCUGGUCGAGGCGGCGCGGUCACAAGCCGGUCCCAAUGCGGCUCAUGGUAUCAUUGGGCCUGUGUCAGCAUCUUUGCCAGCGCCGGAGAAGCAUGGCGAGCCUGGUCCAUCAACAGUGCAGGCUCGCAGGACUUCUGAGAGCGCGACAAGCUCGACAUCCACCAAAUUCCUCGCCUUGGACAAGCCGGGCCGCGGACGCGAUUUCAUACAGUUUCUCGACAUUCCUACUCCUUCCUCCAUCGCCGAGGACCAAUAUCCUCGCAUGACAUUCGAUCCGCAUUGGCUGGCUAUCAGUCGAGCCCUACACUCACAUCUCUCGACAGAGCUGAGGCAGCCUCCACUACCCCGUCAAGACGAGAUGGAUAGGAUGAUCCAGCUGGAAUUAGACAAGAUAGAACAAGAUGGGUUACUGGUACCGAGGAUCAAAGGCCAAGGAGAACAGGACGGACCAGUAGAGCUGGUAUGGGAGAGAGGACCCAUCGACAUAGCUCGUGUACAGCAGUUCUGGCCAACAGCUCCUGCUCAUGGAGAGCCAGGAGGCUCGCCAACGGCUUGGUAUACUAAUCCUCAGACCGAAGCGUUCUGUGGGAUGUUGGGCAUCCAGAAUAAGAUCAACCCAGCACCCCCAUGAGCGAGAGUAUGCAUGAGGCGACAUCUCAGCGGAUAAAA